CUCCGUACUGAGUUUCUCAUGCACAUAUAGUGUGCACAUAUAGUGGAUCUGUUCAUGUACAUGUAGAGCUGACCAUCGCAAACUGAGUAACUGUAGAACUCCCUGAUUGUGAAAAAUAAGACGUGUGAUCGUCAUCAAGCAGCAAUGGCGCUGCCCUGCCCGGCGUACAAUGUUUUGCAACUGUGCAAAUAUCGGCGACUGGCAGCAUAAAACUCGUUUAUAGGCUUGCUGAACUCUGGUUGUAAUGGGGAUGUGGCUGUGAAGGAGUCGUGUGCGGAUCCGCGCGCGAUCACCUCUCUCGCAUCUAUAUUCGCGCCUGCAAAUAUCAAGCAUUGAUCUGAGAUUGCCGGCUCCUGCCAGUGCGCGAGCACGUUGUCUUGAAACCUGUUUCCAACCGCCAUAGAAGCAACCGCGCUGGCCGUCUAGGCCGGCACUCAAAGUCAGCGCGAGGCUAUUCGUCGAUGACGGCGCUCAUCGGCUACAUUGUCCUCGGGUUGCUACCCUAGCAUCGACACCCAUGCCUGUAGGGGCCUGCCCGCCUUGCUAACCAUUGCACCCGUCCUUAAGGCUUGAAGCCGUGCUGCCCUCCUCUCCACAGACAUAUUGCCUUGAUCCUCGAAGGCGCGCCGCCAUCCUCCUCAAAGACCCGGCUCCUGUCGCACCAUCCUCUGGCCUCACCUCGCCUCUCCCAGCCGUAGAACCUACCACAAAUGCGAACGUAGCCGCCGAAGCUGUACCACCCCCCCGCCGGUCAGGUGUUGCAGAGCUCGGUCGAGGUUGCGAGCGAGGUCCAUGCGAGAGAGCGCGAAAGAGAGAGGGAUCGCGAGAGAGGAUCUGAGGCGAGUGGGAGCGAUAAGUCCCUGUGCCGAUGGCGGUGGACGACCCAGAGCACUUCCCGCCCGCGCUUCUGUUCGUCCAGAAGCUCCGGGCGCGAACCGAUCCUGAGACGUAUGCCAAGUUUUGAAGGAUCAUGAGCCAAGGAGCGGGGCUCUCUCAAGAAGAGCAAUCGAUCCUAGCGCAGAUGGAGAAGCUCAUGGAGAAGGAUGCAGAUCUGUACGCGUCUUUCCCGGCGAUCAUGUCCGAAUCAUACAUGUUGCAACAUAGGCAGCGCCAGCCGGCGCACACGCUACAGCACGAUCGGCGGUUCGUGAGCCCGCCGCCACGCGCUCCGGCGCGGAAGGACAAGGAGCGGACGAGGGAGUCGGACCGCGAGCGCAAACUGGAGCGGGAGCGCGAACGCGAGAAUGCGCCGGUAGUGCCGGUGAAACGGAAGCGCAAGGUGCCCGAGAAGGAGAAGGAGGACCGGAGCAUCGUUAAGAAGUUGAGAGGGCUCGAGCGAGAUCGGGAGGUCGCCUCGUCGGCUCGCGAGCGGAACCGCGCAUCCGCUUCUGAUAGAGACCGGUCUCAUCACUACUCGCAGCAGCACCAGCAACCCGCGCACGGACGUUCCUAUGGGCCCCACGGGCCCGCCGGCCACCCAGCCCAAGAGGAUGGGCACUUCUUCGCGCUUGUGAAGCGCGCGCUCGACUCGCGCGAGACGUACGCCGAGUUCCUCAAGCUCUUUAACCUCUUCACGCAGGGCUUCAUCGACCGCGGGAGGCUCGUGGCCGAGAGCCGGAACUUCCUCGGCGACGGCGAACUGAUGGCGCGUUGGAAGGAGAUCCUGGGCUGGGACGAGAAGGAGGUGUUUGGUGGGAUCGCUGGUAUGGACGCGAUCAACGGGAUUGAGAAACGGGAGCGGGAGGGCCGGCAGACGGCUGGAGCAGAUCGGGAGCGGACGGUGGGGCUGGCGAUGCGCGCCGAUAUGCAUGCUAAGGAAGGCAGCUACAGGCGGCUGCCGGAGAGCGAACGGCACGUCCUAUGCCCCGGACGUGACGACAUGUGCAAGUCAGUACUAAACGACGAGUGGGUGUCACACCCGUCGUGGGCGUCGGAGGACGCGGGAUCGGGAAUCCGCGAGGGCCCGAUGCUGCCCCAGAGCAGGGAGGCGGAGGCAAAGAUACUCGUGGAUGGGCAGAUGAAGCCCUUCUUCUGGCCAUCGGUCUCGCCGGCGAAACUCUGGUACUACAUGAAGGUCCCGCCGCACAUCAUGUUCUGGUCCCAAAUCGGUCUCUCCUGCUUCGUCGUCGUCGGCGUCUAG